AACCCCAAAAUGAAAACUUUCCUGGGCAUUCCAAUUCUUCAUGAGCUCACACUCUCAAACCAAUAGCGGAAAACCCCAAAUAAAACCCACAAAAUGAAAACUUUCCUCUUCUCUCUCCUAAAACCCCACGCCACCUCUGAACCCACCAAGCUUCUUCUACAUCACCACCACCAAUGGCGCGGCAUAGCCAAGGUCCGCCUGAAAUGGGUCAAGAAUCGGAGCUUAGACCACAUCAUCGACACCGAGACCGAUCUCAAAGCUGCUUGCCUCCUCAAAGACGCCAUCAAGCGCUCGCCAACUGGCUUCCUUACCGCCAAGUCCUUCGCCGAUUGGCAAAAGCUUCUCGGCCUAACUGUCCCAGUUCUUCGCUUCAUGCGCAGGUACCCUACUCUUUUUCAAGAAUUUCCACAUGCCCGUUAUGCCAAUUUGCCCUGUUUUAAGUUAACAGACACUGCACUAUUGUUAGACUCUCAAGAACAGAGUAUACACCAAACCCAUGAGAGUGAUACUGUGGAGAGGCUUUGUAGAGUGCUUAUGAUGACAAAAAGUAAAACUAUACCGCUCCAAUCUUUGUAUCCUUUGAAAUGGGAUCUGGGUUUGCCUGAUGGUUUUGAGAAAGUGUUGGUUCCAAAAUACCCAGAUUGUUUUAGAAUCAUUAAGGCCUCCAAUGGGAUUGGUUGCUUGAAGGUCAUACAAUGGCCCAAGGAGUAUGCGGUGUCAGAAUUGCAGAGGAGUAAAGAGGGUGGUGAUUUAGGGGAUGAGUAUAGACAAUUCAAGAGGGGGCAGACUGUGUUGGCAUUCCCGAUGAAUUUUCCGAAGGGUUAUGGAGGGCAGAAGAAGGUUAGGGUAUGGAUGGAGGAGUUUCAGAAGUUACCAUACAUUUCGCCAUAUGAGGAUUCUAGGCAUAUUGAUCCUAAUAGUGAUCUUAUGGAGAAAAGGGUUGUUGGAGUUUUGCAUGAGUUAUUGAGCUUGACUCUUCAUAAGAAGACCAAGAGGAACUACUUGAGAAGCUUGAGAGAGGAACUAAAUCUUCCUCAUAAAUUUACAAGAAUUUUCACAAGGUAUCCGGGGAUUUUCUACCUCUCAUUGAAGUGUAAAACAACCACUGUUGCUCUCAGGGAAGGGUACCAGAGAGGAAAAUUAGUGAACUGGCAUCCCCUCACACGCGUGAGAGAGAAGUUUUAUCAUGUCAUGAGAACAGGGCUUCUUUAUCGCAGCAAAGGUGUGCACUUGCUAUCCCCGCAAGAGAUUUUACUUAACAGUGUGGAGAGUGAAAGUGGGCCGGAAGAAUCUGAAGAGGACGAGGUUGGAACAGGCGAUGAAUGCUAUGAGGACGAAAUGUCAAAUUUGGAUUCGGAAGGGUCUGAUGAAGAUUAAUGUUUGUAUCAGAGAACUUCAACAUUUUGCUUGAAUUGGAUAGAAGCCAUUAUUGACUGUCAAGUAAGAAAUUCUGAACAAAAGUUCCCUCUAUAGAGUUUUCUUGUUUAUGGGUAAGAGAGAAGAUCAUUUUCAUAUUUUAUUGUAUUAUCUUUGUGCCUACUAUGUUUGUUUUGUGGGCUCGCUGCUGAUGCAGUGGAAUCUACUGAAGUUGAUUAAAUUUUCUUGCACAAAAAUUGAUAGGGAGUUUAACAUUUAGGUUAUUCGGAUUAGUUGAAAAAUCAAGGUUAACUUCCAUGCCUUCAGACUUUAUAAGUUCACAUUCUGUUGGUUUUUCUUGUAAGUAAAAUGGAGAUGUCAAAGAAUCCAUGUUUUGUUCAAAAGGCUUUUUGUUUGUGGAAUUUAUAUUUCAUUUCUGGACUCAAACAUUUUAAAUUGCAUCCCAGUUAGUGGAUCUGGGAACUUAUGAACCAAUGAAUUGAAAUGAUUACUGGAUUAUGGAAACAAUAGCAGGGAAAGUGG